GUCCCACCUUUGAAACUUCGGUUGAGAUAAUAUUUAACAGCAAAGCAUGUGUGCGGCAUAACUGCGGUGUUCUCCACGCGUGCAGCUCACUGGAUCGAUGGAACUGUAAUUCUGACAGAUAUUGCUUCUAGACUUCAUCUAACGCUCAGAAACAAUGGUUUCCGUCGCCAAGGUGCUCCUCGCAGUCUUUGGAGUGGCAGUGGUCGUCGUUUUGAUCGCAGUACCCACGGCUAUAUAUUUAAAUGAGGAUGAUCCGGAGAUCCAGAAAACUUUCACCCUGGAGGAUGUCUUCAACAGUUCAAUGAAACCAAAGUCCUACAACCUGAAGUGGAUCUCAGACAAUGAGUAUCUGCACAAGUCAGGCGGCUCGGUCUUCCUCUACAACGUGCCCACGGGAAAAUCCUCCGAAUUCUUGAGCAAAGCUACGUUUGAUGAAAAAAACGCUUACGAUUACCAACUGUCUGCUGACCACAAAUUUGUUGCAUUCAUGAGCAACUACUCCAAGCUGUGGAGACAUUCCUUCACUGCUUCAUAUUCACUUUAUGACCUGACUUCAAAAAAAUUCAUCACGCCGUCCUACAUUCCUGAUCAAGUCCAGUACUUUGCCUGGGCUCCUCAAGGGAACAAACUGGCCUACGUGUGGAGGAAUAAUGUGUAUAUAAUUAGCAGCCCUGGGUCUAAACCAGUGCAAGUGACUUUCACUGGCGAGGAAAAUCUGCUUUUAAACGGGAUCCCAGACUGGGUGUAUGAGGAGGAGAUGUUCUCAUCCGGUCAGGGCUUCUGGUGGUCACCUGAAGGGAAGUAUGUGGCUUUCGCAGAGUUCAAUGACACCAAGGUCCACACGAUAGAGUACUCUUGGUUCGGCGACAACCAGUACCCAAGCACCGUCAUCAUCCCUUAUCCAAAGCCCGGUACUCCAAACCCCAUCGUGAAGCUGUUUGUUGUGGACGCUGACAACGUAGAAAAUAUCAAUGAAGUUGUUGUUCCAGCCACAUUCAGCUCAGUUGAGCACUACUUGGCCUCUGUAACAUGGGCGACUGAAAACCGUGUGGCAGUCCAGUGGCUAAAAAGAGAACAGAAUCACCUCAUCCUUCAGAUCUACAACUUUACUGGAACUAACUGGGCUCCUGACGAGCAUCUGGAGCUGAAAAGCACCGGCUGGAUUGGUAGGUUCUCUCCGUCGGAACCAGUUUUUGCUGCAGACAAAAACAGCUAUUACCUGCUCAUGAGUGACACCACAAAGUACAAGCACAUCCAUCAUGUGGUCGGGGGCAAAGCUACUCCCAUCACCUCUGGGAAAUGGGAAGUCAUCAGCAUUCUGAAAGUCACAGCCGAUAGUGUAUACUUUUCAAGCAACCAAGACGGCGGCAGGCCAGGAGGAAGGAACGUUUACAAAUGGAGCAGCCAGGGGACCGUGUGUCUGACUUGUACACUACGUAAAAACUGUCACUAUAACUCUGCUUACUUCAGUCACGAUGCCUCCUACUACCGAAUGAGCUGCAGUGGUCCUGACAUCCCCUACCAUUCUCUCAUGGAUAACAGAAACAACAAAGAGAUCAAUGUUCUGGAGGACAACGGUGAAUUUAAGGGCAACACAGCUGACAUCCAAAUGCCCACCAUGCGUCGAGGCACGGUUAAAGUUGCAGGAUACACUCUGUGGUACCAGAUGUUUUUGCCUCCAGGCUUUAAGGAAUCCAAGAAGUACCCUUUACUGAUUGAUGUAUAUGCAGGUCCCUGCAGUCAGACGGCUGACUACGCCUACACGGUGAACUGGGCCACCUACCUGGCCAGCACUGAGAACAUCAUCGUCGCAAGCUUUGACGGAAGAGGAAGUGGUUACCAGGGCGACACGUUAAUGCACGAAAUCUACAAACGUCUGGGAACAUAUGAGGUGGAAGAUCAGAUAACAGCCACCAGGGAAUUCAUCAAAAUGGGCUUCAUUGACAAAGAUAGAGUUGCUAUCUGGGGAUGGUCCUACGGUGGAUACGUGACGUCGAUGGUGCUGGGUUCUGGCAGUGGAGUUUUUAAAUGUGGAAUGGCUGUGGCUCCCGUCUCCAAAUGGGAAUUUUAUGAUUCCAUCUACACGGAGCGCUACAUGUUGGAGCCGUCAAAGAAUCUUCUUGCCUAUACUAACUCAACUGUAAUGGAAAGGGCCAAGAAUUUCCACUCAGUGCAGUAUCUUCUGAUUCAUGGAACAGCUGAUGACAACGUUCAUUUCCAGCAGGCGGCCGAGAUCUCAGAAGCUCUGGUGGAGGAGCAGGUGGACUUCGAGGCAAUGUGGUACACGGACAAGGAUCAUGGGCUCCCUGGCGCAGCAAAUCGACACGUCUACACCCAUAUGAGUCACUUCCUGCAGAGAUGCUUUGCGUAAAGUCCACUGGAUUUUAUCUCAUGUGAAUAAAAAUGGAUUUUUGAGAUAAAGACAUGUAAUUAGGAAUGCAUUUGUUUUUAUAUGUAUUGAUUUAGGGAGAAAAACAAAAUGAGUGCAAAGUGGUCAUGUCAUUCUGUCUGUUUUGUCCUGCAUAUACUCAUUUGGAAAUGCCAACCUCGAUAGAACUGUAACUGAAAUUAUUACUUAUAUAAAAAGAAGGGAUUUAUAUUAGUUUGUGCAUUUAAUGUUUAAUAUGAUGGAUAAAAAAAUGAAACUACUUGUACAUCUAAGACUUUGUACAGCAUUGUGUUAAAUUACGGUAUGCAUAAGAGCAAAAUGCGCCAAAGUGAUUUUAUACAGUUUUGCUAAUUUUAAUACAAUUUGUUGUAUAAAGUGUUUUCUAAAAUUAAAAAAAAAAAAUGUAAUAAUAAGAACGAGUCUUUGGUUUGACAUGGCAUGAGCUUCAUCAAAGUUGGAAAACAGACCCCAGCUGAAGCAUUUAAUGCAAAAAAAAAGAACCUAAAAUGAAAUCUUAAAUAGGGACAAAAGACAGAAAUUCUCAGUUAUAACAAACAUUUCUUUGAUAAGAUUUAGAUUAGUAGGAUUUACUUACUUUAACGCCCCCAUAUGAAUGUCCAUAGAUGGAAAAAUAACCUCAUUAUGCACCAGAUAAUCAGCAAACCUAAAAGAGUGGGUCAGUAUUUAACCCCAUGCUAUGAUUCCAUAUUAAUUUUUGGUUGGCGUUAGAUUUCAAACCAGAUAAGAUAAAUCCAUCAUUCUUUUUGCAUAUAAAAUCUGGGGUGUUAGACCAACAUUUCCCACAUUCACCAGGUCUCAGAGCACUUUUUGGUUGCAGUCAGGGGUUUGACAAAACACACAAUAAAGUGCACAUAACAAAAAUCUUUAUAAACGAGACCACAAGAUACUGCGAAACUGUUUUUUACAAAUUUGAGGGAUACAGCUAUGCAGUUUCUGUAUUUUGAAAUAUAUGUGAAAAUAACUGAAUUUUUUUAUAGGUUUAUUGCACUUUCAAGCAAUUUAUUGUAGUAAUUAAGACAUAAGUCAAUACAUAUUAUUAAAAGUUGAGCUAUAAGGGUUAUAUUGAUGUAAAGCAAAUAAAAAUAUUCCAAAAAAUUGCACUACAGGAUGUAAAAAUGCAGGAAUAUGUCCUGGUGGAGUUGCACAAUGGCAAGUCUUAAAGGGUUAAUUUUGGUCCUCAGCAUUUUUGAUUUGAUUUUGAAUAGUAAAAUUUUUUGAUAAAUGUUGAAUAAACUGCCAUGGAAUUUGGUA